CGGCUCCCGAGCCUGCCCGUCGGGACUCCGGUGACGAGGGUCGGAAGAGGCAGCAGCCGAAGCCGGAGCGGGGGGCGCUCGCCGCUGCCCCGGGGCCGGGACAUGUCGUCGGCGGCGGUGGCGGCUGCUUCCCGCAGGCAGUCGUGCUACCUGUGCGAUCUGCCCCGCAUGCCCUGGGCCAUGAUCUGGGACUUCACCGAGCCCGUCUGCCGGGGCUGCGUCAACUACGAGGGCGCGGACCGCGUGGAGUUCGUCAUCGACACGGCGCGGCAGCUGAAGCGGGCGCACGGCUGCUUCCCCGAGGGCCGGGCCCCGCCACCGCCCCACGCCAAGCAGCCUCCGCUCUCCGCCAAGGAGCUCCUGGCGCAGCAGCAGCAGCUCGGCCACCCCUCGGCGGCGGAGGCGGCAGCGCGGCCCCCGCCGCAGCCCCUGGAGCGCUACUCGCUGGCGGCCGAGCGGCCGCCGCCCCGCCUGGGCGCCGAGUACGGCGGCGGCCGGCAGGUCAACGGGAUCCUGGUGCCCAACGGCUUCCCCAAGCCCGAGGAGCCGCCAGAGCUCAACCGGCAGAGCCCGAACCCGCGGCGGACGCACGCCGUGCCGCCCACCCUAGUGCCGCUGGUGAACGGCGCCGGACUCCCCGCCGCCAUCAGCGGUCUGGGCAGCCGCGCCGCCGCCGCGGCCGCCGCCUCGCUGGCUGCCAUCUCUGCCGCGCCCGCCCCCAUGGCCGUGCCCGUGCCCCAGCAGCCGGCGGCGGCGGCGCAGGCGGCGGGGCAGCCCGGCGAGCUGGGGCACAAGCGCCCCGGCUCCGUCUCCUCCUCCUCCUCGGGCGGCGGCGGCGGCGCGGCGGGGGAGCACGACAGUGGCGCCAAGGAGAAGCGUGGCUCUGCCGAGAGCCUGCCGGCGGCGGCGGAGCUGGCCGCGGAGGGCAAGGGCCGGCCGGGCGCCGAGCAGGAGUGGCUGGCCAAGCCCAAGACAGUGCGGGACACGCUGCUGGCCCUGCACCAGCACGGGAGCCACACCGUGGCCCCCUUCGACAGCAAAUUCAAGAAAGAGCCGGGCAUGGCGGGCGGCCGGCUGCUGGGCUACGAGACCAACGGCUCUGUGGCCAAGCCAGGGGCCCGGGCCGCCCGGAAGAGGAAGCCUUCCCCCGAGCCGGAGGGCGAGGCUGGACCCCCGAAGAUCAACGGGGAGGUGCAGCCCUGGCUGUCCACCCCGUCGGAAGGGAUGAAGCUGCCGCUGACGGCCACCCCCUUCAUGUCGCCCCCGCCGCCCACUGCCUCGCCCCACUCCAACCGGACCACGCCGCCCGAGGCGGCACAGAACGGCCAGUCCCCCAUGGCCGCCCUCAUUCUGGUGGCGGACAAUGCCGGGGGCAACCACGCCUCCAAAGACGCCAACCAGGUCCACUCCACUACGCGGAGGAACAGCAGCAGCCCCCCCUCGCCCUCCGCCAUGAACCAAAGAAGGCUGGGCCCCGGCAGGGAGGUGCCGGGCCAGGGGGCCAACGCGGCGGCGGCGGGCGGGCUGGAGCCCGUGCACCCCGCCAGCCUGCCGGACUCGUCCCUCGCCGCCAGCGUCCCGUUGUGUUGUACCCUCUGCCACGAGCGCCUGGAAGACACCCACUUCGUGCAGUGCCCCUCCGUCCCCUCCCACAAGUUCUGCUUCCCCUGCUCCCGGCAGAGCAUCAAGCAGCAGGGAGCCAGCGGGGAGGUGUAUUGCCCCAGCGGGGAGAAGUGUCCCCUGGUCGGCUCCAACGUCCCUUGGGCCUUCAUGCAAGGGGAGAUCGCCACCAUCCUGGCCGGAGAUGUGAAAGUGAAAAAGGAGAGGGACUCGUGACUCACCUGCACUCGCUGCCCGACGUCACCUUGAACUCGAACUGCUCGAAUUCUGUAUAUAUCUAUAAAUAUAUAUAUAUAUAAAUAUAUAUAUAUAUCUCCAAGACAAGGGAAAUGUAGACUUCAUAAACAUGGCUGUAUAAUUUUGA